CCCAGACUUCCUUUCCCUUUUUAGUUCCCACCCCUUUCUUCUCUCCCAUACACAGCCAGACACAGACCCAGACAUACGCAUACCCACACACAAAUACGUACACACACACAGAGAAAAAUACGCACACAUAUAGAUAUACAUUUCCACAUGAAUAGACAGAGAGAAGAGCUCUUACCCACUCCCACACACAUAUACACAUACACACACAGAUAAGUACAUACACAUGUAGGCCAGCGACGAUUCCACGCAGGUACAUAGGACAAGCGUUUUGCAUUGUUCCUGAAACAGAUCAUCUAAUACAGAGAAAGCUGCAAACACUUUAGUCAACUCGCUGGAUUUCAUCUCCAUGGCAACAAGCAUGGAAGACCAAGACAUGACCAAAGCAGGAAUCCUGAAGAAUUCCAACAAUGUGGUAGCAAAUGAUGAGUAGUAUCCACCAUAGCAACGGACCAGCCAGCAUGAGUGUCAACAAAGUUUCAGCUUUCUCAUUGACAUUGGAACAAAAAACAGGCUUUGCAUUUGUGGGGAUUCUGUGCAUUUUUUUGGGCCUUCUUAUUAUCAGAUGCUUUAAAAUUCUGCUGGACCCCUAUAGUAGUAUGCCUUCUUCCACUUGGGAAGAUGAAGUGGAAGAGUUUGAUAAAGGAACCUUUGAAUAUGCACUUGCAUGAACCCUCUGCCUUCAUUUUCAUGUUUAUUCAAGUUCAAUAGAAACAAAACAAAACAACUACCUGUGGCUCAUACAUCUAUAAUCAUCACUGAGGAAAUGAAGGGAGGCUUGUGACAUCUAUAUGGUUAAAUAAAUGUCUAAGGUUAACUCAAUGGUAUAUUCUCUGGUACAUUAAGGUUUUUCAUGUUGAAAAUCCACAUUCUUCUAGGUGAGGGAUAAAGAGAGAAAAUGGUAGAAUCAUUAAACAUCUGAGUAGGAAGGGUAUUUUAUUUUGUUACAUGGUUUUUAUUUUCUGGGCCUCACAUUUUUUUUCCUAAUUGAUCUCUAAAGUCCCUUUUGAUGAUAUAAUACAUCUAUGCCAAUACAUAUCUAAAACAUGCAAAACAUAUGCAUGAAUAAUUCUGCUACAUUAACUCUUGCAUAAUUUUGUGUUCCAAUUUUCCUCCCUUUCCUCCAGCCCCUCC